UGAAUAUCCCUCCGUCUGCCGUCUGCAACAUAUUUUCUUCUCUCGCCAGUUUCUCUCUCUCUACAGAAUUCUAUGGCAACAUCUCGCUCCCAUGGCAUGUAAUGUGGCUGUGACCUUGUCGUCGAGAGCGGAGUCAUUAUUACCGCCCGUUACACCUGCAGCACUGCGUACCCUGAUCUGUAUUGUGUGUACAGAGUACUGCGACAGCUCGAUGUGCUACAUCUAAAUUUCGGUAGUAUGGUAGAGUCUCGACAACAAUACCCCAUAGACAUGUAACCAUAUGACUCUCUUACUCUCCAUCGUCUGCUUCUCUCUCCCUUAAUAGACUGUAGAUUCUCUCCAUCCGCCUCCUGAUACCCCGGCAGGGGAAGCUUCCAGGAACAGUAUGCUUAUAUAAGUAAAGUAAACCCAACUCAUGUAUCGAUGUAAUGUAACCGUGCGUAAAAGUACACAAACCAAUACACGCUGUUCCGCAUUGAGUAACUCGGACGACAUCACCUUGACGACAUCGUUCGAAAUCGCUGAGCAACACACUCGAUCAUGGAAACUUGAUAUAUCCUCCAUAAUAGCGGUUAAAAGUCACUGUGGGAUGCCCGGCUGUCAUGGAUCUCGUGGAUUGACAACAGCAGCUUGGUUUGGCGGCGUAAUCUAACAGACCAGGCUAAGGAAAUACUAGUACGAGCAACCCCAGUCUUGGUGUGGAACGACGCUAACAUGAUACAGGGGAACCGCUGGAGAAAGUAUACCGUCGUCCCAUGUAAGACGAUGCGAGCGCCGCCACCAAUAAUAAUAUACUUAAGCCUCAAGGCCGAAUACCAGCACAGCCAGAACGAAGGACAAGGUCUGCAGCAGAGCAGAGCGGCAGAGUUGUAGCAGCAGCAUCAUCAUCAUCUGAGUGUCAGCAAAGAGCAGUAGCAGACACGGAAGCCAAAGAGAAGAAAUAGCACGAACAAUAGGACGACAAUAGGACGCUGAUCCAGCAUUGUUGGACGCCCUGCUUUCGACCUCAGCCGAAGGGCAUAUCGCAAUUACACUCACUGCUACUCGCUUUCCCCCCUCUCCUUUCUUCUGCUUUACGCUGACAUCUCAUACAUUUCAUCUCCUGCGUUGGCAUCGCUGAAACACAACACGCUGUGUGCAGUAUCUCUCUCACCUCUCGCGGGCAAUUGGAACGAUUCAUACCAGACGUUGGCAGUGCUCCUGCUUACUGCUCUUGCCGCCCGCGCCUUCUCGCAAGGAUUCCUUUUUGACCCGUCCUCUCGUCCACCAGAUACAAGUCAAACACACCUUCAACACAUACGACCAUAUCUCGCACACCGCACAAUCUCUCCGCUAGCGAAUGAUCAUCCUUACAACGCAUGCGAUCCAUCCAUAGCUUGCAUCCGCCGCAGCGACUCUGAUAGCCAUCCUUACCGCUGUUUUUACAAGACAUAAUACUUCGAUAUCAAUUCCCGCCUAGGCGCCGGUAUCAGCCUUGCUGGUCUAGCUUGUACAUCGAAGCUGAGCGUCUACACCACCCACCAUAUGACACAUAACAACAGUCCUUGAUUAGCUUCUGCUGGGUUAAACGGGCGACGUGCUCUCCGCUUUCCUUGAGAUACUAGGCGGAGGUCUAGGAGAAGAGUUCUCGGCCUGGUGUGGCUAUACCCAGUCGUUGUUUGAGACUCUCAGGCUCUUCGGCAUUCUACUGGCUGCUAUAUCUACUUGUGUGAGUUGUGUCUUGUCUCUAAUUACAACGACCCCAAUUCUACGUAUAUGCAAUCUCAUUCACCUUUGUCUUGGUGGAUCUGUGUUUUUGGACAUCUUUGCGGCACCCCUUUCUAUUCUUCAUGUUGCUAUUGCUAUCACUUCGCUUUUGCGCCAAUGCCUAGGUUUAAUACGGCUGACUUCUUCACUUUCAUCUUAUGUGAUGUUACAGACAUCCCUGUGUGACCCGUCAAAGUCCCUGUUUCGCUUAACUACACGUCAAUAGCCUUUCCUACAUGUCAACCGUCCCGUAUCUACCGUCAACUCGGUAUUAUAUCCAACUCCCUAAUUUCAACCCAGCAUUCCUAACCUAAGCCACCUCUCUGCCUUCACCCAUUCCAAUAUUAUUGCCGAGAACGAUUAAGAUUAAGAUUAAAUUCGCACGAUAUCCAAAUUUAAUAUGAUGGCCGAUCAGAUUGCUCUUAAUAACGAGCCAAGUCAGGACCUGACGGCGAUUAAUGAAGUUAUGCAGAAUGGUCCUGGUAAGGGUUACAUUGCGGCAUCCCAUCGUUUGUUGCUUUUGCCCGAACGGUGCUUAUCAUGAUUGCAGUAUCCCAUCCAGCCGAUCAGAUCUCUGUUCAUAAGAACCAACAGAAAGGGCCCAACCCAGAUGUGCCUCCUCCGAAAACAGAUAAACCUCGUCCGCAUGUAUGUGUGACCUGUACGAGGUCCUUUGCGCGCCUGGAGCAUUUGAAGCGUCAUGAACGAUCUCACACAAAGGAGAAGCCCUUUGAAUGUCCAGAUUGCACAAGAUGCUUUGCCCGAAGAGAUCUACUUUUAAGGCAUCAGCAAAAACUUCAUAUGGCUACCACGCCUGCAUCACGCCCAAGAAAUGUUAGAAGGGAAAGUAUGAGUAGCUCAACACGAGUGCGGAAAAACUCAAUAGCUGGAGGUUCCAAUACUAUGAGGCCUAGGGCUAACACCAUCAGUCACGUCGAAGGAGCAGCUGUGGGAAUGUUUGCAUCUACAAACCCUGCCUCCAGACCUGCCCAACCAGGCCAUACCCAUCAUCCCAGUCUUGGAGGCCUCCCAAAUCUUCCGAAUUUCGACUAUCGCUCAAGUAUCAGCUCUUUGAACGGGCUAUCAAAACUGGAUACCGCAGCUCUCACUAAUGAAUAUCCUGAUGCCCUUCGCACUGCACCAGUUUUUGGGAGCUUCGAUGUCCCUUUUGGCAUGGGUGACGCAAUGAUGGGCCAGGGAAGUACAAUUAACCCUGCACAGCUGCAUUUUACAGGCUCACCUCAUGGUUUUGCCGAUUCCCCUGCGUCCCCCUUUUCACAUAACUUUACAAAUAUGACGGCCACACAGAGUACACUUGAAGAUGACCUUAAAUUCGAAUGGCUGAAUGGCCUCGAUAACACCGUGGCAUUCGCACCCAACGACUCCGCAAUUGAUGGCUCAUCGCCAUCUGCCAUGAGUACAGGAAGUCAAAGUGGGCUCAGUGAAGCAAUCCUCGAUGCCGCCAACCAAGCUGCCACAACAUCCGCUGGUAGCACAACCUGGCCCGCCACACUACAAUCCCAAGCUCAAAGCCAAUCACAACAAUACGUUUUGGAUUUCGCCAGUCUUACAUUUCCUGAGUUUGCUGCACCUCCCGAUACUGUGUCCCCUAAGUCUCUUCUCUCACAUGGACAUACUUCUAAUCAUUCUUUCUCGACAUCUACUUCUCUGGCGUCAAUAAAUGGACCCGUGCUUUCGGGAGCCCCUACCAGUACGUUCCAUAUUUCAUCCAUGGGUGGAACAAAUGGCCUUCAGUCCUUUGGAUCUGGCUAUAAUCAAACUUCUCAACCAGCCUACUUGAGUUCUAUCACUGAUUCAACGCGACAGGCUUUGAUGGGGACUUUACAGCAGCCUUCGGGUUUCAAUAACCGCCGAUUCUCGCAACACUCCCUUAGUGCCUCACCUAUGAGCCCUUCAAGCCCCGGAAGCAUGCUAGGAAACUCCCAACAUGUCUGCAAUCUACCCAGUACAUACGAUCUCCAGCGAUAUGUCUCUGCUUAUGUUACCUAUUUUCAUCCACAUUUACCGUUCCUCCACAUUUCAACCUUGGAUUUCACUGCUCUUGAAUAUUCAGGGAAACCUCGAUCUUCUGGUACUUCUGGAAAUAUUGCACUCGGGGGUGGAUGCCUUAUCCUCUCCAUGGCCGCGAUUGGUGCCCUCUAUGAGUACGAUUCGGCCCCAUCAAAGGAGCUUUUCGAGUCUGCCAAGAAGAUGAUUCAGCUCUAUCUUGAGGAGAGACGGAGAGCUGAUAUGUCCGCUGCUAUCAACCGCUCUAACUACAACCGUGACAAUUCUCUUCAUAAUACUCCACUUUGGCUUGUGCAAGCGAUGUUACUUAAUGUUAUUUACGGUCAUAACUGCGAUGACAAGACAGCAGUUGAUAUUGCUAGCACUCAUUGCGCGGCCCUUAUUAGUCUAGCCCGAGCUGCUGAAUUGACCCAGUACCAUCCGCCUGAAUCUCUGCCUGCUGACCAACUUGGGUACAAUCCCUCCUCUAGCGAUUUGUCAGAUCCCAAUAUGGAGACAUGGAUGGGACAACACACAGAGGUCCCGAAUGAGAGGAAAGAAUGGCUGAAGUGGAAAAUUGUUGAGGAAAGAAAGAGAACGCUUUAUGCCAUUUUCACUCUUUCUAGCUUGUUGGUUUCUACAUACAAUCACUCUCCUGCUCUUACGAAUUCUGAAAUCCGUCUUACCUUGCCUUGUGAAGAACAACUUUGGGCAGCUGAAUCUCCUGAGGCUUGGAAGGCCAUGCGAGGUGCUGAGAAUACAUUGAUUGAAUUCUCCACGGCCCUUAAGUCACUUCUUGCUGCGGGCCAGACUCCAUCCCAAAACCAAUACGGGCCAGCCAUCCAAGCAGACGGAUCUGUCUCUAGCGAAUUGCGGCCAAGUACCUUCGGAUGCUUGGUAUUAAUCCAUGCUUUGCAUAACUAUGUCUGGGAAACACGACAGCUACAUUUGGGCAAACAAUGGUCGAAUCAAGAGACCGAAGCAAUGCAUGUACAAAUCGAACCUGCAAUCAGAGCUUGGCAACGAGCUUGGAGCAGUAACCCUACGCACAGUUUAGAACGACCAAACCCAUUUGGCGCCGGCCCGUUAUCUGCGGACAGCAUACCACUAUUGGAUCUGGCUUAUGUUCGAUUAUACGUAAACCUUGGCCGGUCGAAAGAAGCCUUUUGGCAGCGAGAUUGGAGCAAUAUGGCGGAUGAGCUUACUAAAGCGGUCCAAUCCGUGUCGCUUUCUAACAGUAACCCCGAGUCAGAAUUCUCACUGCCGGCCAAUGAUGACGCGAUCUCAGCUCAAAUGUUAGAAUCCCUUGCCGACUACGGAGUUGCAGACCUCACAAUAUCAGGCUCUUCAAAUGAUGAUCUCUCCUUACUUGUUACUGGCGGACAAAACAGCAUGCAAACGUCCAGAAGCGAGCGCCUUCUUCGCAAGGCUGCCUUCUAUGCCGCCGAUUCCAUUUCGAUGUCGAAUGAAUGGGGAAAUACCUUUGCUGAGUUCACCUCCCGUGACCUACCAAUCCAAAAUGCUAUAUGUUUAUUCGAUUCUGCACAAGCAUUAGCGGAAUGGGCCACCGCAGUUCAAGAGCGUAUUGGACCAUUCCUUGGAAUUCUAGGCCAAGAUCAUGUUGAUUUCAACGAGGUUCCAGCGACAGUUUUGCUAGAAGAGGAGGAUCGCAAUCUGAUGCGGAAAAUCCAGGAUAUCUUGAACAAUGUCGAGAAUAAAAUGAAAAAUAUGAUAUCUCACCUUGGCACAACAGGACCAGAGUCAUGGAAUCAUCUGCCUAGUUUGGUUGAUGGCGGUUAUGGCACGAAAAUUGUUCUCUCGGCUGCCUUUUUGCUAAACAAGGCGGGUGUCUGGCCAGUUAUUAAACUGAUGUCGAAUGCACUAGAAGCUCAAGGGCAGAAGAUGAAAUUGAGGGCUCUGAAUUCCUGUUCGGGAUAG